AUGCAAAAAGCUCAAGAGAUCUAUUGGAAUCUCUAUAACGUGGACAUAGAAAGUAAAAUAACCCUUUCUUCUCUAGCUCUGAGUAUCUUUCGUAUGAAAUUCUACGAUGAUGUAAAUUGGCCUAUCCACAUCCCAAAUAGGAAUGAGGAUGAAUUUCUCAGGAGUGGUUACUACGGUGGUCAUACAGAUACAUACAUCCCUUAUGGUUCAAACCUUGACUACUACGAUGUGAACUCUCUCUAUCCCUUUGUAAUGAAGGAAUUUCCAAUGCCUGGCGGAAAACCUGUCUGGCAUGAUGGAAAGCCUUUCAAGGUCUUUGUUAGCACUCUCUUUGAGAGCAGGGUUUCUGCUAGGAAAGAGGGUAAUGAGUCCUUGUCCUAUGUGUACAAGAUCCUUAUGAAUUCUCUAUACGGUCGAUUCGGUAUUAACCCUAAAAGCACACUAACCGAGAUCUGCGAUGAGAAUCGAUUCAAAGAUUUGAUCAGGAAGAGUGAGUUCAUAUCCAGUGAUAUGCUUAGCAAUAACAUCUACAUCGUUACCUAUUAUAGCAAUACCGAAAAUACCGAAUUGUGGAACCCACCGAAGAAUUCUGCUGUACAACUAGCAGCGGCUAUCACUGCAUCAGCUCGGAUCCAUAUGUACCCCUUUAUAUACCAAGAUGACUGCUACUACACGGACACUGACUCUGUUGUGCUUGGUCAUCCACUACCAAAAGAUGUGAUUUCCAAUUUUGUCUUAGGAAUGUUUAAGCUAGAGGACAGAAUAAUGAAAGGAUAUUUUUUAGCCCCUAAAUCCUAUUGUUACAUACCAAUAGAAGGAGGAAAAACAGUUCUCAAGUACAAGGGACCUGCAAAAGACCUUGUAUAUCCUGAAUGGUUUGAGUCACAGUACGCUGACCCAUCUCGUACAAAAAGAAAGAAAGACACAUUAGUUAAGAUAGGGAUUAAGCUGGAGAGCAAAAGGAUUCCUGUAUAUCAGGAUACACUAUGGGUAGAUACAGAACCAGUCGAGGUCAUAGACUUAUCAUGCCUAAAUGACGUUAGCAGAAAAAUCAUUCAAUCACUAUGGAACGAAACCAAUCAACUACAGAAUGAGAAUAGGAUUCUCAAAAAACAAUUAGUAGAGGUAGAACAAAGAAUGAAAGCAUACAACAGAGAAAGAGAGGUUAAUGUAGAGAAUAUUACGAGAUUAUCUAAAGAAGAUGAAGGCACUGAACCAAAGCUGAAACCUAAAAAGACAGAAGAUGAUGCACUGAACCACCUCUAG